AUGGGAGACUCGGAAAAUCCGUUCCAAAUCUCCCGUGGAGUCAAGAGAAAGCUCUUCAGCGACACAAAAUCGCCAUUUGCCCGGCGCUUGGCGGCAGCGCGCAAAGCUCCCAAACAUGUUGAUGUUGACCCAGACGUGGAAGCUGACGAUGCGUCAGCUUUGAAAGUCAAACAAGAGUUAGAUACAGCGCAUCCCAGCGAGGAUGAUUUUCACUUGCAAAAGGAUGCACAUUAUUCCAAGCUUUAUCGAGGCGAAACAGAUUUCGCGGCCGUUGCAGCCAAAGACAAACCGCUUCAGUUCUACCUCAAAGGAGAGAGACAUCUCGACUUUACAGACCCAAAGGCAGUUGUACAGCUCACCAAGUCACUGCUAAAGGUGGAUUUUGGCUUGACUUUUGAGCUUCCCGACGACCGACUAUGUCCUCCUGUACCCAAUCGCCACAACUACAUCCUCUGGAUCAAAGCACUCCUGGACAGCAGCUCUACGUCUUACUCCGAGUUGUACAAUCCGGAGCGCAAAGUCGAAGGACUAGAUAUUGGCACUGGUGCCAGCGCAAUCUACCCAUUGCUGGGAUGUACGCAGCGCCCAGGCUGGUCUUUUAUUGCCACGGAUAUCGACCACGAAUCCUUGUCCUGGGCACGCAGGAACGUUGCAAUCAACGAGCUCGAAUCCCGCAUCCAGCUUCUGCAGCGAUCCCCUACCGACAAUCUGAUUCCUUUGGACAACUCUGAGGUGGCGUGUCUUGAUUUUGUCAUGACGAAUCCACCAUUCUACAGCUCAGAGAGCGAACUCUUGGAGCUUGCAAAGACGAAAGCCCAGCCGCCAAAUAGCGCGUGCACCGGCGCAGCACACGAGAUGGUGUGCGAUGGUGGCGAGGUUCAAUUCUUUCAACGGAUCUUUGACGAAUCUUGCCAGUUAAAAAAUCGUGUCCAGUGGUAUACAAUCAUGUUGGGCAAGCAAUCCAGCCUUGAGCUCGUCGUUCGUAUUAUUCAGCGCAAUGGAAUCGACAAUUAUGCACUCGCACAAUUUGUUCAGGGCACAAAGACACGCAGAUGGGCAGUGGGCUGGAGCUUUGCUAAGCGCCGACCAAACGCCGCAGCUUGCAGAGGCUUCGAGCCCUCUGCUGGCAAGAAGCUUUUGCCUCACCCAACAGAAAUGACAGUCGCCACUAAAUCGACAAGGCCGAACAAUGCAGAGCAGGUUCAGAACAUGUUUUGGACACAGUUGGAGGAUGUCACCGACGGCCUCGACCUCGUAUCGUGGAAUAUGGACGAAGACAGGCUCCGAGUUGUCGGGUUUGCCCAAGAGAAUGUUUGGAGCCGAUCAUACCGAAGAAGAACGAGCGCGCUAGGCAAGCAAAGGUCUCCCGAAGCCGGCAACAAGAAGCCGGUUCUAUCCGAAUGUCCAUUUGGAUUUGCGAUCACUGUGACGAAGAGCGACCCCGAAGAGGAAACCGGAGAUGAUGCUCAAAGUACUGUCGAUGUAGUUGUCCGCUGGCUUCAGGGCAGCGAUUACACUCUUUUCGAGAGCUUUGCGGGCAUGGUACGCAACACCUUGUUGAGAGUCGUAUAG